AUGGCUCCUGGGAUCUCCGAGUCAACGGGGGGUGCGGGGAGGGCGAGAAGCCGGGGCUCGGCCGGGCUGCGGGCGCAGCGCCUCGCCGCGCUCCACCUCGCUCCUCCCGCCCGAGGGGCAAGCCAGGGACCCCCACCCUGGCGACCGGCCCGCGGGGAGCUGCGAGGGGCGCUGCCGCCCCCUCCUCUCCUGGGAGCUGGGCUCGGCGGCCGGGCCGGGCAUGGGAGCCCGGGCCUGGAGGCCCCCGCCCCGACGCCCCUGCCCAGUCCCCAGAGGACUGCACCUCCCGGGACCCCGGGCCCAGCGGGUCCUGCCCCAGCGGAGCCACCAGCCCCGGCAGAGGCGGUGAACGCACCCCGCCGCCCCGCAGCGGGAGCCGCUACUCACCGUCCCCGCCCGCCGCGGACCCGCCGCCCGGAGACCGGCUCCUCCCGGUCGCGGCGCAACCGCCGCCGCCGCCGCCUCCCGGCGCGCCAGCUGCCCCAGGGGACCGCCCGGCUGGCUCGCGCGCUCUCUCGCUCUCCUCAGAAUGACUCCGAUUUUUUAAUGAACUUUAUUGGCAGCCCGGGCUCGGAACAAGCGGCUCAGCGGCGGCUCCGCCGGGGGCGGCGGGGCGCGGGAGACUCCACGCCCCUCAUCUGCGGAGCCGCCGCGCUGCGGAGCAUGCGCCGGGCUCGGUCUGCGCCUGCGCCGCGCCGGCCCGCCCGCGCCAUCCCUGGUCUGGCUGGUCCGGGAGGGCGACAGCUCUGCGUUCCCCGCGCCUCCUGGGGGACCCCGGGGUGCAGUGGGGACGCCGGAGGCGGCAGGAGCUCCUGCAUCGUGGACUCGAGCAAAGAGGAAUUGACCAAAGAAGAAUCCGUUUUGGCACCAUCUGCGGAAGGAGCACACCCUGUGACUCGACGGUUCCACGUCUACGGAUCCAGCCCACAGAAAGGCGUCCUUACAGACCUCCAGAAAGAACCAGCCCUGCUGCAAUCUUGAUUUGGGCCCAGUGAGAUUGAUUCUGAACUUCUGACCUCUAGAACGAUAAGUCAAAAGUCCAAUUUCUCGGGGCCAGCCUGGUGGUGCAGUGGUUAA